AUGGACUUCAUUUUGGAAAUGUUGCAAAUGAUUCGCGAUUUGUUGUGUAAAUGUCCAUUUCCGUCCACCUGGCAGCAGAUGAUAAUGCUACAGAAUAAGACUGUUCAUAAAGCUUUACGUUUUCUGAUGAAUGCUAUACAAGGACACUUUUCCAAUGAGAGGGAGAGCUUCUACUCAGAUGUCUGGCAAGAAUAUAUGUUGACAGCUGUGUGCUUCGUCACGCAGCCAUCUCUACAGCCCAGUGAGGAAUGGCUCCGAGACGAAGGAGAUUCCCGUAUUCAACUACGGAAAGGAACUGCUCGCGAUCUUCGGUCAAUGUGGUUCCGUCUCACGCCUGUACAGAAAAUGGUCUACAUCCCCCGUCUUGUUGGAGCGUUUCUAAAAGUGGCUCUUGUGGAAGACGACGAGACCAGGGAAGCAACGAUUCCGAUAUUUUUUGAUAUGAUGCAGUGCGAGUUUCACUCGUGUGUCGAGGAUCGUAAAAACUUCAAGAAGGCUAGUAUCGCUCGAUUUCAUUUUUUCCCCGUUAUCGUAGCGCUGCUAUACUUGGAAGGUGAAAAAAUGCCGGCUUUUAAUCUUGCAUACACACACAGGGUUGUGCCUUCUUGUUUCUCUUUUUUUUUUGCUCUCGCGCUAGAAUUUGAGUGA